AAACUCGUGGUCGAUAUUGCAGCGACUCCUUUUCUUUUGGAUCCACAAGCCCUCACUACUCACAGACAGAAUUAAAAAAACAACAACCUACACUGCACCAUGCGAACCGUUUCCGUUCUGCUCUCGUUGCCCGUGCUCUUCACCGCCGUCGCAGCCUUUACCGUCGGAGUCCCUACCGCACGCCCUUCCGUCUCUUCCACACGCAUCUUUUUAGAAGAUCACAUUGCCGACCUCAUCGACCACGAACUGUAUCGCGAACAGCAUCGGAAGGACUUUGAGCGUGAAUGGAUGGAAAAGAACCGCGGUGCCGUGCUCUCCCGACUCCGCGACGAUCAAGCCGUCAUGAUGGAGCCGACUGACGACCUCCGACAGGUCCGCAAGGAUCAGAAACUGGCCAAGGAUGAUCCCGCACGCUACUGCGCGGAUCGCUGCCUCGCUACCGGGAACUGCGACGUGUACGAAGACAUGUACGUACCAACGUGUCGCGAUUGCCAUCCGUUGCAUUGCCGGCAGCUAAUAGAAGUCACUCACCGAUCUCCGUUUUCCCGCUCUCGGUACGGUAGCUUUUCCUAUUCACCCCAAGAAGUCUUGGAGUUUUGCAAUGAUUGCGUUUUGUCCGAAGGGGAAGAACCGUGUGACAUCCCGGACGCCUUUUACGAGUACGAAAGUGGGCUCAGUCCCUAG